AAUAAAAAGAAAAAAGAAAAGAAGAAAAAAAAGACAUUUCUGAAGAAGAAACAUUCCUUUUUCUCUCUGUUUUCAAAGGGAGACAAAGCAGGGUUUUAUGAAAAUUACAAAGAGGAAGCAAGUUGUUUUGGUAAGCAGAAGCAAAAGUUUGAGCUUUUGGGAUUCCAAAGUGAAGCUCUCAAUUAGAGGGGUUUCCAUUUAUUUGGACCAACUAAUCAAGGUUGACAAGAAGUAAAAGUUCUCGGAAAGAUACAGUUUUUAUUAGUCUUCGUGCUUGAUCCAAAAGGCAUUUGAGGGUCUGGCACACUGAUCAAAAGGUUUGGUGCAGACAUAUCUCCCAUCCACUCAAACACUACCUUAUUAUCUAACCGGGAAGGUUGGAGAAAGUUCCUCUGCUUUUCUUUUCCGGAUAUGAAGGAUUACGAGAUAGCAUGUUAAGAAAAUCACUUUGCUUCUUGGAAGUCCUAACCUUUGAGGCAAUAAUACAUCAUGACACUCGAGGACUUCUUUACCUUGACUGAGAUGAGUAAUGGGCUUACAGCGCCUGCUCGAGUCCAGGAGCUAGUCUCUAUCAUGCAGAAGGAAAAAGAGCAUGGUGUCAAGAAUACUAUUGAAAUAAUGAGACAUUGGACUGCUGUUGCAAGCACAAUAGCUGCAACUGAGAAUAAAGAGUGUCUUGAACUCUUUAUCCAGCUAGAUGGUCUUCACUUUAUGAACAGUUGGUUAAAGGAUGCCCAGGAGUUGGGCAGUGACACAAAUGACAAUGUAGCUGAAGAGACAAUCACUCAUUUUCUACGAGCUAUUGAAAGGCUGCAUGUCGACAAGGAGAAAUCAGUUUCCUCUGGAAUCAUGAUGACUGUGAAGAAUCUCCUUGGCCACAAAAGUUCUAAGAUACUAGAGAGGUCUAGAGCAUUGUUUGAUAGUUGGGAGAAAGAAACAGAUGAGGAUGCAGUUUCAGUGGGCGAGGCAAAAGUACAGGCAUCCAUUGAUGACAAGACAAGAGUGAUCACAAAUGUUGUGGGGGAAGUUGUAAAUUCAGAACCUUCUCUCAGGGGCAUUUCUCCUUCUGGGUCCAGAGAAGAGAAGAGCGAGGAACACAUCAAUGAGAAUAAGCUGCUAUCUUCAAGGUCCGAUGACAUUCAUCCGUCCAUAGUUAAUUAUACUGAGGCAUUGGACAGAAAUUUGCAGCAUACAAUGUUGGAAGAAGGGUCUCCAAAUUCUCUGUCUUUGGCAAAAUCUGCUAGUGAAGACAAGGAAAAAUACCUGACUUAUCAUGCAGAGAGUAGCGCCACUGCUAUUGAUACAUCCACAUCUGCAGUGGAGAGACACUGUAGUCUUGAUAAGCAGAAAGAUAUUCCUGUUUCAGAGUAUGUUAAUUGUUUAAACCACGUGCAAGAAGUCGGUAGUCUAGAAAAAUUAAACUCGGCAGUGCCUAAACCAUUAGAUAACAAAACCUUCUCUUCAGGUCCUGAGGCCAGAGAAGAUUCAGAGGCGGUCUCUGGUCAAGAUGUACAAAGACAAAAUGAUGCCAAAAAUGUAGAUGGUGGUAAAGAGAUAUUUUCUGUUGAUAAUGUAUCAGUGGCCAGUUCGAAGGGAAAAAUACCAAAAAACAGUGUCUUUGCAAGUCAUGACAGAAGCAAUACAGUGCUUGGAGCUAAAGAAGAGAGAAAGUACAACAUUGACAUACUGCAAGAUUCUCCCAACAAGCAUAAUGUGGAGCAUCCCAAGGAUUUGAGUAUUGCUUUAAUGAAAGUGGAUGUUGGUGGGGAUGAAAAAUGUGUUAGUAAUAAAAGUGAGGAUGAUCUGGAAACUGACACUGAAUUUGAAGUACCACAAAGAGGUAUUACAAUAUGUAGUGUGCUUGAAAAGAAAGGUGAUAUUGAAUUAGACUAUGGCAUUAUAGAUCCUUUAGAAGUUGCUCGACAAGUUGCAAUAGAAGUUGAGAGAGAAGUCCAAGAGAGUUGCAGUUCUUCUGAGAAAACACGGGAGAGUAAGGUUCAUGAGCCUGAUAGCCCAGAUUCUAGGAGCGCAAAUGGCUCCAAUGAGGAAAUACCAAAAGGAACACCUGUUCGGCCUGAGGUUUCACUUGCAUACUCAGAAGCUGGCCCAAUUAAUGUCACAGAGAAGCUAGAGUCCUCUCAGAUUACCGAUGCUGGUUUGGAUCUUGAAUCCAAUGACCAAAAAGGGUGUGAUUUUGAUUUGAAUCUAGAGGUUAGCUCAGACGACAUAGAUCGACCAGGAAAUCCAAUCUCCACCUCCAUCUCUGUUGUUUCUGCUUCAAGGGCAGCAGCUGCUCCUGGAGUCCCUGUUCCUCCUUUGCAGUUUGAAGGGACUCUUGGAUGGAAAGGAUCUGCUGCAACUAGUGCAUUUCGGCCAGCAUCACCUCGCAAGAUUCCUGAAAGUGACAAGGCUGUUUCUUCUGGUGGGAGUGACAGCAUCUCAAAACAACAGCAAAGUUGCCUUGAUAUUGAUCUGAAUGUAGCUGAAGGUGGGGAUGAUAGACUCGCCGAUCUAAUUACUGGAAAACAAGCCUCAGUAUCAUCUACCCUUCCUUCAGGAGAAUCUUCUGUUGAAGCUAGCCCAAAAAAAUUGGCUAGGCUCGAGUUAGAUCUGAACUGUGCUAGUGAGGAGGGUGAAGCACCAACAAAUUGGCGGGUGGAAAGAAGACUCUUCCCGGAUAGGGGCGAUUGGAGUCACUCUCCAUCAUCGUCGUCAUCAUCAAAACAACCAUCAUUAAGAAACGUUGAUCUAAAUGACCAGCCGACUUUUCUCCAUGAUUCUUCAGAUGUACCUUUCUUCAAGAAGCCGUCUCAGUAUUCAAACACCUCUGGAGGUAUUAAUUCAGGUGAUUCUGUAGUAUCCAUCAUGGGCAUGAAGGUAGACGUCAACCAUAAAGAUCCUGUUUCUCGGUCUGUUAUGUUACCAAAUGGCAGGAUAGUGGAAAAUGCAGUUGAUCUUAGUACCGCAAGAAGUGGUUUCUUGGGAAUGGGAUCUCCAUUUCCGUAUACCCAUUCUCCUGCCACUGGGUACAAUGGCAUCACACCGGGUCCUGCCAUGCCUUUUCCCUCGGCGAUGUAUGGAUCCGGUGGUUCCGUCCCUUACACGGUGGAUUCCCGGGGGGCAGCUUUUGUGCCUCACAUUUUGGGCUCCGCUUCAGCAAUACCACCAUCCUUCUACCACCAACCAUUUGUUAUAAGCAUGACUGGUGCACCUGUUUCUAGUGGGGUGAUGCCAUCAAGGAGUAGUCUAGAUCUCAAUACCGGCUCAAUACUUCAGGGAGGAACUAGAUACCACAGAGGUACAAUGCAGCUUUUUGAUCAAGGACCGACUAGGUCAAUGGACGACCACUUUAGGACCACCUCAGGACCCUCAACCAGUUCAAGCAUCGGUGGGAAACGCAAAGAACCAGAUGAUGGCUGGGAGCCUUUCCCUUUUAAACUUCAUCCUCCACCUUGGAAGUAGACUUAAUUUAUCUGGUUUCCCUCGUGGGAUCGGUUAACAGGCCAGUGUUUAUAGCAAUAGGUGAAUCCCAGGUAGGAGAGACUCUAGUGAUUUAGUGGGAGGACCAUAUAUAGCUGAAUAAAGACUCAAUUUCUGAAUGUGAUAUGAUUCUUGACAUUACUUGGCAUGAAAAGGUGCUAGGUUUAAUUGUUUCAAAGUGUAAUUUUUAACUUUUUUAUUUACUUAGCGUUUCACACAGUGUCUCUGCCACCACAGAGAACGUGUAGUUGUAAUUUCUCAUUUACAUCAAAGAAAUUUAGAAGAAUGUUUCUUGCCUCUA